AUGUAAUAAUUUUAUGACACAGAUCUCUAAAGUGAACAUCCACCAUCUGAUAUUUUAAGUGAAAAAGAUAUUCCUAAAGAGAAGUUACAUAGACAAAAAAUGCUUUUCAAAAAAGAAUUAAUUCAUAUAAAAAAGGAAGUAAGAUUGAGAGGGAUUAGUUAUGAAAAACCAGCAUAUUAUGAUAAAGUAAAAAUAAAAAUGAUUGAAAUAACUGAAGAAGAUUAUAAUAAUGGAGAUGAGAAAUUAAUUCUAGAAAAUGCAAACAUAGUGGAAUAAAACAUAUUAUCUCCAUAAAAUGAUAGAUGGAUUGAUAAAGCAUUGUAAUCUAUGAAAAAACAAGAGAUUAGUAUUUAUAUUCAAGAACAUUUAAAGUAUGAUGAGAAUUAAAUGAAAGUGCUUGAUUAUAAAGUUUAUACUUUGAUUGAAAUGAUAGAUUGGCAAAUAAUAGUCGAUCUCUUUUAAGAUUAAAGUUAUUUAAAGUAUAUUUUGGAAUUAGGUAGAGGUGGUGAUCGAUGUGAAAUGCUUGAUGAAAUAAUUUAUUAAAUAAAAAUUUUUUAGGGUGAUAAAUUACUUUUUACAGAUUCUCAAGAUGGUCCAUCACCUAUAAAAUUAAUUAAGUCAAAGGUUGUAUUUCAAAUUUUGAAAACAAUGAAAAAUAAAGAACAUUCAUUAUGUCAUAUAAAAAGUGAUGCUUUUUUGCAGAAUGAAAAUGAAGAAUUUUUAUAAUAAAUAAAUUAUGAUAAAGAGGAUAAAGUGGAUUGGAAAAUAGAUAUACAUGUAAAAACAUUAUUCAAAAUUGAUGAUUUAUAUGGAGAUGGAGUUCUAAUCAAAACUAUGAUGUAUAGAAGUAAAAAUACAGCAAAACCAGAAAAAGUAUCAUUAAUAGAUUUUGAUAUGUGGAUUUAUUCGAUGUCAAAUGAUCCUUACCCAAAAAAAGAAAAUCUCUUAUAUUCAUCUACAGAUGAAGAUCCUAUUUAUGAUAGAAUAGAAGCAUAGAAACAUAAUGAUGAAGAUGAAGAACCUAGUAAAGGAAGUUUAUCCCUUUUUAUUGAUGAUCUAAAAGUAUCAAAACUCAUGAGAUUAGCUCUCUUAAGAAUGAAAAAAAGAGAAUUGAGUAUCAUUAGAUGUUAUGAUACAAAAGAUCUUAUUAAGAAUGGAAUAGAUUAUGAAGGAAUGAAAGGAAUGAUUCAAAAAGAACUCAUUUAUGUUAUAUAUGUUCAUACAUUCAGUGAAGGUAAAAAUAAUUUCAGUAUGACAAUCGACGAAAAAAUAGAAUAAGCUAUUAGGAAGAAAUAAAUAGGAUUAAAAUGGAUAUCAUAAUAAAAUUAUAGAAAAGCAUUAAAAGUGUUUAAAACUAUCAAUGCUUAUUUUGAUUAUGGAACUUUCUCAGAGGAUGACAAAGAAAAAAUGAAAGAAGUAUUUUAAUUAUAUCUAUAUAGUUUUAAAUUUCAUCACUUCUAAAUUCUUCUUUAUGUAUGAUGAAACUCAAAGAAUGGAAAGAUAUGAAAAUUGUAUGUGAAAAACUAUACAAAUUAGAUAACAAAAAUCAGAAGAUAAUCUAUAGAUAUUGUUUAGCCCUAAUGAAUCUUUAUGAGUAUGAGGAAGCUUUGGAGAUCAUUACAGAAGAAAAUGAAGAUCUAAUCAAACUUAAGAGAGAAAUUAAAUAGCUAUAUUCUUAAUACAAAAAUAAAGAGAAAUUAAUGUAUUAGAAAUGGUUAUCUUGA